AUGGUCGUUAGAUUCCAUGGUUAUCCUGGGCAAUUGAACUUCAAGAAACACAAGAUGAGGUGUUCCCUGACAAAACUGGAGGUGGUUAUUUUAACACCACAAGAGAAGAUGAGAAUGAUACUCUGCUGCUCAACUCAACCUAUCGGUCAACUUGUGCAAUAUAGGGAGGAGGUUGUAUAUUUACAUUGCGAUGGCGAGGAUAACGUCGAUGAUGAAACCGAAUCCGACAGUGAAUUAAUCUCCGUUGAAAACAAUUCCGGCUUCAUCACCGCUUCUCAAUCUCAAAGUUGUUCCAUUGAUCCCUAG